UUUGAUCAAUUACCAAUAACCGAUAAUAUAUGAGAUUUUGAAGAUGGAGAAUGGUAUCAGUAAAAUACGUGACAUAUCGUGGAGAUUUGGAGUGACUACAGCUAGUAAUGAUUCUGAUAAUGUUGCAAAGUCAUUUCUACAACUCAAAUUAUAUCUUGAGGAUGAUGGUAUAGUCAAGAAUAUAUUUACUGAGAUGACAAUAGGACAAUUUUACAAAUUUUUACAUGAUUUGGAAAAGGCAAAAUGUAAUCUUGAUUUGUUACUGUAAACAAAUAUAUGCAUAU